AUGUCCAGACAGGAGAGCGACGCGGCGAAAAAGUUGUCGACGGAAGACGACGAGCCUGAUGACUGGGACAAGCGCAUCUUCAGCACGGGUUGCGCAGAUUGCUACUUCGAGAAGAAGGACUGGCGGCAGUGUACGGCCGAGAUGGAACACUUCAAGAGCUGUUGGAAGCAGCAGGGCAACGAUCGCCGGACGGACGCAAAGGAUGCGUGA